AUGGGUAACCACCCAUCCUCCACCUCGUCGAAGCCUCAGACGCCGACGGGAGCUUCCUCGGGCAGCGCGACGCCCCACGGCCACGACUCGCAGUCGCCACGGCACUCUCGCAAUCACACACGCAACAUUCUGCAGCACUCGACGCACCAGAGAUCUGCCGCCCCUCCGGAGGCUUCUUUGGCGCAGGCGCAGGGCUCGACCAUCGUCUCCCGGCCCAAGAGUCUCCCGGGGACAGCUGUCUCGUCACUCUCCGGGUCGCCGCGCAGCAACAACUCGACGCCGACGAGUCGCGAUCUCGCCAGUAGGAUGGAGAAGGCGUCCGAGUCAAGGCCCUUUGUACGGCACGAACCCACAAAGCCGGUCGAUGUACCGAUGGAGCCCGGGUCACAUAGCUCGGGGCACCCGCACGCCCACUACAAUUCAGACACGGCGGCCACACAUAGCGAUCCAAAUCUGCUGUCCAACGAGAGCAUGACGGACACGUAUCUGGCACACCCUCCACGCUUGCCUCUACCGAUCGAGGAGGAGGUCCAUACGCCCGGGUCACCCAUCCUGGCGCCCGAAGAACAGGGUCUUCCCGACGUCGGAGAACUUGGUGAAUCCUCGGCUGAUGUGCUGACGAGGAAGAGCUCCGGACUCAGUGCGGGCACGGCCGAGGAUGAGGACUUUGAAGAGCUGCGCGUGGACAAGACGAGGCCGGUGGUCGCUACAAAGUUGGAGUGGAAGCGAGGCGGUGACAAGAUCUAUGUCACAGGAUCGAUAUUCCAAUGGAAUCGGAAACAUCGGUUGCACCCCAUUGAAGGAAAGCCCGGCUGCUUUGCGGCGACGAUUCAUGUCCUCCCUGGGACACAUCAUGUGCGCUUCCUCGUGGACGGCAUCAUGCAGACGUCGCCCGAUCUACCCACCACGGUCGACUUUGGCAACAACCUCGUCAACUACAUCGAGGUCAGCCCUGAAGACGCGCCUAAGACAAAACCCCCUCCAUCAUCCAGCACCUCCAAAGCAGCAGACUCGUCUGACGUGCGCGCCUCACGGACAUCUUCGGCACAGUCCACGGCGGCGCGCGACGACAGGCGACAGGCGCCCAAGGGAAGGGACGUGCCCCCACUGGACAGCUAUCGCAACGAGAUCCCGCAGUACUUGCAAGACUUUGACCAAGCUGAAGACUCGCCAGCUUAUCAGAACGCCGUGGCCGCAAUAGAGAAGCUGCCCACGCCACCGAGCUUGCCAGGGUUCCUCGGCAAGCCUAUACUCAAUGCCGCAGUCCUCAUGAAAGAUGACAACAGCGUGCUGAACAUGCCCAACCACACGGUUCUGAACCACCUGGCCACCAGCAGCAUCAAGAACGGGGUACUGGCCGUGUCCGCUACCACGCGAUACAGGAACAAGUACGUCACAACAAUCAUUUACAAGCCAACAUCGGCAGAUGAAGGUUAG